AAUGUACGCAUGAAUAAUUAAGUUUGUUUUGGAAAAUUUUAUUGCGGAUUUUUGACGAUUUUAUAAAAAGUGAAGCUUCAUAUUAAUUAGAAACCAAAGAUUUCGUUACAAUUUGAAUAAGAUGUCUCGACCAAUUUUACUCUAUUUUGAAGUUUACAUAUGUUUUUGCGUUUUGGUGAAAACUGUAACAACUUUUAUACAGAAAAACUACGCUGUGAAUACAUGCGUCCGAGAUCACACUGUCCUUGAACUUUUUAUUGCUUCGACCUUGAGAUAUUCCUUUUCAAAUAAUCCUCCAGUUUGCUCAUAUAAUAGUUCAAUCUCACCUGAUAUUACAACUACCUCAAAGAGAUUUUCUCAAAAGAGUUUUGAUGAUGUACACUUUGGUAUCAAUAGCUUUUCAAAUAAAAAAUUGAUGCGUAAAAAAAGACAAACGCUUACUUGGAGAACACCGGAUGGAAUGCCACCAGGAACAUCUAUUGCUUUUUGCAACUCUAGUAAUUGUUGCAUACCUAAAAAAACGCUGAAUGUUGAUGGCACCACUUACAAUCUUUGUAGAGAAUGUGUUCAUGUUAUAACUCUUCCAGCGAGUUAUUCACCACGUAUUCACAAUUACGUAACGUGCCAAGACACAGACUAUUAUGAGACCUGUUUGACUGGCGAAGGUUCGUGUACAACAAAUACACUCCCUACAACAGUUAGUUUUCAAAACCAAACAGUGACGUUUAUGUUUGGAAAAUCGUGUUCGUGUGAAAUUCGUACUGACUCAAUAUUUGCAGAUUUUAUUUAAGUUUUUAUUUGUAUUAUUUGCAGAUUUUGCUGUAAGUUUUUUUUUAUAUUAAAUGUAAGCAUAUUUAAAAAAACUUUAAA